AUGACGGCGUGGAACGUAUUCCGAUACAUGGGAGACAUCUCCCACCUCCUGUCAAAAUGCAUCCUGAUGUUCGCGAUACACCGCAACAGAAGUGCUGAGGGCGUCUCCCUCAUCACCCAAGGCCUGUACGCCAUCGUCUUCUGCACGCGAUACCUUGACAUAUUCACACGGCAACCGCUAUGGAACUUCCUCUUCAAGCUCUUCUACAUAUCGUCAUCGUUCUACAUCAUCGCGGCAAUGCAGUGGAUCUUCCCCCGCUCCAGAGAGCGUGAAAUCUCCUGGAAGGUUGGUGCGGGUGUUUUUGCCGGCUCGCUGCUCUUGUCUCCAUUCGCCAUGCUCAUCUUUGAGAGCUGGUGGAGUUUCCAAGUCUGGCUUUGGGACUUCUCCCAGAUCCUCGAAUCCGUCUGCGUCCUGCCCCAGCUCCUCCUGCUCCGCCAGACGACCGUCCCGACCGUGAUCGACUCCUUCUAUCUCGUCACCCUUGGCUCCUACCGUGCCUUUUACCUCGUCGGCUGGAUCACCCGUGAGCUCGACAUCAACGACAAGGCCCCGAACACCGUCUCCGUCAUCUUCGGUAUCAUCCAGACUGCCCUCUACGUUGACUUUGCCUGGGUAUACUACACCCGACAGCGCGUCAAGCUCCGCAACGGCGGCAUCGUCGACGCCGAUGACAUGCGCCGCGGCUGGUUGCUCAACAGGAUCUUUGGCAAGCGUCUUGAUGUGCACUCUGAUGACGAGGAGAGUGCCCCGGCGCUUGGCGAUGACGAUGGCCAGUCUCGCCGAGGUGGUCGGCCCAAGUGGGGUGCCCGUGGCAUCUCUGUUAGUGCCGACGAGGGCGUUCUGGACACCGACAGGGAUAACCAGCGCCGGGCUGAGGAGCUGGAUGGUACCGUUGAUCCCGAUGCCAAGAUGAAGGACCCCGAUGAGCUCGCCCGUGUGCUGGACGACGACGACGACGACGAGGACUUGAACCAUGCAUCUGGCAGCAGCGGCACACCCAGUGGGAUUGAUAACGGUUCGGAGUGGCGCAACUAG